AUGUUCAAAUUCGUAGUUGUCAUAUUUGCUGUCAUUGCCUGUGUUGCUGCUAAGCCUGGUUUGAUUAGUGCUCCAUUAGCUUACACUGCACCCGCUGCUGUUGUAGCUGCUCCAGCACCUUUUGUCACUGCCACAAGUAGUCAAGUUGUUGCCAGAAACUUUAAUGGAAUCGUUGCUGCACCAAUUGUCGCCGCUGCUCCAGUUGCUGCUCCAUUAGCUGUUGCACCAUUAGCUGCUGCCCCCUUAGUAUCUACGCCAGUUGUGAAAACUGUUGCACCUGUAACUGUUCCCUUAGCUGCUGCUACUCCAUUAGCUGCUGCCCCAUUAGUGUCUACUCCAGUUGUGAAAACUGUUGCACCUGUAGCUGUUCCCUUAGCUGCUGCUACUCCAUUGGCUGCUGCUCCUGUUGCAAAAGCCGUUGCACCAGUAGCUUACUCUGUUCCUUUGGCCUACUCUGCUCCUUUAGCUUAUUCUGCUCCUCUUAUUCGUGCUUCAUAUACAGGAGUGCCAUUGUCUUAUAGUGCACCAUUAUCUUACUCUGCUCAACUUGCCGCUACCUCAGUUCUAUUGUAA